AUGGCCGUUGUUCAGCUGUUUCUCCUGGCCUUGCUUCCGGCAGCUGCAGAGGUAUCGGAAGGAUGUCCUGCAGGGUUCGGCCGGCCUGUGCGCGGGAGCCCGUGCAUGAUCUGUCCUGAAGGAACGUACAGCCCUGAAGGGGAGAAGCUCUGCCAGAGAUGUACAGCUGGCACCUGGAGCGACGUGCGCGGAGCCAAAAGGGCCGAGGCGUGCCACAAGUGCUCCAUGGGCACAUGGAGCAGCCAGGAGGGGGCCAUCUCCCCUGAGGCUUGCCAACCAUGCCCGAAGGGGAGGUGGAGCAACAGGACGGCCGCCUCCUCUAUCUUCGACUGCAACUUCUGCCCUGCGGGCACCUGGAGCUCCGAGGAGGGCGCGUCCUCCACGAAGGUGUGCCGAAAGUGCGCACCCGGCAUGUGGAGCCCUAUUCUCGGCGCUACAGAGGAAGAGGCUUGCGUGGGCUGUCCGGCUGGCCGGUUCAACUCCAAGGAGGGUGCCGGAAGCCCGGGUGACUGCAUCGCGUGCGCCGCCGGGACCUUCAGCGAUGUCGAGGGCGCUGCCUCCUCAAAG